GAGACACUUGGCACUUCUAAGAACCACUCGCAGCCAAAGAAGAAAGAAACGUCUAGUAGUCUGCAAGUUUAGAAAGAAAAAAAUAUAUCCAGAAAAACAGAAAAGAGUGAGUUUUGAAGUUUGAUUGGAGACUAUUAUUUUUAGUGAAAUGGGGAGUAAUUUUAAUUUCAAGAACUUUGGAAAUGAGCCACCUGGUGAGGGUGGGAAGCAGCCGGGGAACUUUCAGUUGCCGCGGCAGCCAUCUAUCUAUUCAUUAACGUUCGAUGAGUUUUUGAGCACGACGGGAGGGAGCGGAAAGGAUUUUGGUUCAAUGAAUAUGGAUGAGUUGCUAAAGAAUAUAUGGAAUGCUGAGGAAAGUCAAACAAUGGGAGGGUCUGGGAUUAAUGGGCAAGAAGUUGGUGGUGUUCAAAGUGGGCAUUUGCAAAGGCAAGGAUCUUUGACUUUACCCAGAACACUGAGUCAUAAGACUGUUGAUGAAGUUUGGAGGGAUAUGUCAAAGGAAUAUGGUGGUGGAAAAGAUGGAAAUAGUGUUGGGGUGCCAACAAAUUUGCCUCAGAGGCAACAAACUUUAGGGGAGAUAACACUUGAGGAGUUCUUAGUUAGAGCUGGAGUUGUGAGGGAAGAUGCACAGUUAGUCGCGAAAUCGAAUAAUGUUGGAGGAAUCUUUGCUGAUUUGUCCUAUGCUGGAAAUAAUACGGGGCUUGGAUUUGGAUAUCAACAUCAACAAACUAAUAGGAACACGGGUGAAACUGGUAUUCAGGCUGCUAAUUUGCCACUGAAUGUGAAUGGGGUUAGAUCAACACAACAACAGCUAAGGGCGCAGCAACUGCAACAACAACAACCACAACCACAGCAACAACAGCCACAUCAGCAACCCCUUUUCCCUAAGCAGCCUGCUUUGGCAUAUGCUGCCCCUAUGGCUAUACCAAAUAGUGGUCAGUUGGGCAGUCCUGGAAUGAGGGGAGGAAUGGUUGGUAUUUCUGAUCCGGCGAUCAAUUCUAAUUUCGUCCAAGGUGCUGCUUUAACGGGUGGAGGAAUAGGUAUGGUUGGUUUAGGAGCCGGAGGUGUUACUGUUGCGACAGCAUCUCCAGCUGUUUCAUCAGAUGGACUUGGGAAGAGCAAUGGAGAUACACCUUCUGUAUCUCCACUUCCCUAUGUCUUUAAUGGUGGUAUAAGAGGCCGAAAAUACAGUACUGUGGAGAAGGUUGUUGAAAGGAGGCAGAGGAGAAUGAUAAAAAAUAGAGAGUCAGCUGCCAGAUCAAGAGCUAGAAAACAGGCGUAUACUAUGGAGCUAGAAGCAGAAGUUGCAAAACUAAAAGAAGAAAACGAAGAACUUCAAAAGAAACAGGAAGAAAUGUUGGAAAUUCAGAAGAAUCAGGUUAUGGAAAUGAUGAACCUUCAAAAGGGAGCUAAAAGGCGAUGCUUAAGACGGACACAGACUGGUCCAUGGUAAAGAAAGGGGUUCAGAGAUUAGCGAUAUUAGCCAUAUUUACAAACUUAUAGUAGGUGUCUGUUCAUAAAGGGAAUAUGCGUCCACUUUAGAUCAGAAGAGAAGAGUUGUCUUUUUUGCUGUAGCUUUUUCAUUCUGUUAAUUUCUUAUUCUCCCUUGUUGGGCAUCAUAUGCAUAAAUUAGAGCCAGGAUGUAGAAAUACCUAGUUGAUAGCAGAUACACAUGAAAAUACAUAUAUAUAUAUUAACAUUUCCUCUUG